AUGAAGCACAAUUCCCGAAGCCCUAUCAGAUCUGAUCCCAGCCAGAUGGAUCCCAACUUAUGGUUCGAAUAUCAUGGGACUCACGGCCAUAAAACUGGGGACUGCCGACAAUUACGAGAAGUGGUGGCGACAUUAUUAAAGAAUGGCCAUCUCGGGGAGUUUCUAAGCGGCCGAGCCAAGAACAAUUAUGGUCGUAACCGGGACAAUACAGUGCCUUCAAAGGCAACAGAAGACUCCCCCCGGUUUAGUAUCAACAAGAUUUUUAGAGGAAAUGAAAUUAACAGUGUAACAUUCUCGGCGGCCAAGAAGACAAAGGUAUUAGUGACUUACAGCAAGAGACUCCGGGAAGUCGCCGAAGAUGAUAUUGCCUUCACGGAGGAAGACGCUGACGAAUUUCUUCUUCCACAUAACAACGCUCUGGUAAUCUCUCUUAAUGUCUUAGAUUUUAAAAUUAAGCGUGUUUUGGUUGAACCAGGAAGCUCGGCCAAAUAUCAUUGA